AUGGCUUCAACAUCUAGUCUUAGCAAGGUAUUAAAUACCAUGACCACCACAAAGAAAACACUACUUCGCAAGCUCGCCGCUUCUAAGGUCAAUUUUUAUCGCCAUUCUUUGAAGCCUGUUCUUCAAGCCGUUUACGCACUCUAUCAAAUCGGAUACCUGAAACCAGGGAUGCUUCUUGAUCCGGUUCUCAUCAAUACUAUUGCAGGAUGGUGGAAAAUGACAGGAGCAGAAUUACGCGAAACGGUCCAGAAUGAAAACUUGUAUCAUGAUAGUGAUGGAUUGACAAGAAUAGAGUGUAUCCAUCUGCUUCUGAAAGAUGUCAUUUGGAUAUGGAAUGGCAAGGAAGGAGAAAAUGACGUUAAUGAUCUUUCAAUGUCCAGAUCUAUCUUGGAGAUUUCUGCUGCCAUCAAAUUGAAUCCUCAAGUCAUCGAUUUACUUCUUAGUUCAGUUUAUGCCGAUGCUAUACUACGACAUGAUGAUAAGAUACGUUUCCCUGGCUCUCGCCAAUUGAUAACUCUUGACGACUUCACGGAAGGAUUCCCCGAAACUUUUGCAAAUAUGGGAUCCAAGCGGGAGAUAGCAGAGGCUUUAAGCAAAGCACCUGAGUGCUUGAAACUCGUAAAGCAUCUCUCUGAAAACUACGGAGGAUACUUGAUCCCCGCGAAUGGUAAGUUAGUGAUACCCGGAUUUCCAGAUUCUGUCCGCCAGUUUGUGGUUGGUCAAGCACCGAAGCACUCUUCCGAUACAUCCCAAAACCCCAAUGAUGAGAUGUCAGGGCCGAUGGUGCUCUUUCAUGGCACGACUCUAUCAUAUUUGCCAGGUAUCCUCUUGAAUGGGUUAAAAGCGAAAAGCGAAAAGAUUGGUGAUAAGAUCUCUACCCUCUUCAUGGCAGAGGAGCCUGCGAGUUCCUACUAUUACGUAGGACGCCGAGUGAUUAAGUCAUUAUGGGAACCAGAUGUUCACUCGUACUGCGGGGUGCUGUUAGCUUGUGAGCUUUCACGAACGAGAAAACCCGACUGGGAUUAUGAAAUACAUCCUGACGGCGAUGUCCAGAUUGGUAGACCCCAACCAAUUCACAUCUUUGGCCCCGAAGAUACCAGGUUCAUCAAAGUAAGAUAUGUAUUUAUUCUUCCAUAUUAUGUUUCCUUUAACUACAAACUCGCUCCUACACUUUCGACCUUGACACCUUUGAUGUUGAAAGCUUUCAAGUCGAAAAUCUUCCAGAGGGUUUAA